AUGAGACAGCGCGCCAACAGACAUCACUUCGCGCCAAGCCACCGCCUGUCGUCUGCAGCCAUGACACCUGUGACCAUGACCUUCUUCCACGACGACCCCCCACCCCCCUACCACCCCACAAACCCCAACACAGCUAUUAAUAGUAACGGAACAGGCAGAGCAAAAAGACGACCAAUAUUCUAUAAAUUCCUCAACUUUUUCCGAACUUCUGGAAAUUCCGCUAUGAGGACUGAUGCUAAUAAUACACACGCCGGUAAUGACGUCGUUAGUCGAAACAGACAUGGCGUCGGUUCUGGCGCUCGGAGUUCUACAGAUUCGACUCUCAAUCUGAUCAACUCGAGAAUUUCUUUCACUGACGUUUUACGAGCGAAUUCAGAAGCAGGGGAGGUUAUCAUGGAUAAUCCGUUAAGAGCGUCAGUCUCCAAUGAUUACCAAGAGUUACCGGACGUCUCAACGAUUCGCUCUGCCCCGAGGAGGGAGGCGGAGGUAGUGGACGAUAAUGAAGGUAGUAUAUUCGACGAUAUUAUUGAGGAUAGCAAUUACAACGAUGGUGUUGUUGAUGAUGAUAAUAAUCCGCCUGGAGAGGUGCGAAAUCCAGACACCGAUUCGGACAGAGACGAGAGAGAGGAGAGGCAACCGCAUACAACGUUAACCACAAAUGGCUUCCUCGGUCGCCAUGGUAACUCACCACUCCCUCCUCUGCCCCCUUCAACACUUCCGCCGUCAUUAUCGUCUGCACAGAGUACGUCACUUUUCCCCCAUGCCCCGUCGCCUCCUCCUGCUAGGAAUGCAAACAUUGUUUCUAAUGAGAAUGACGUCAUGAAUAGCGGGAGCGUCCCUAGCAACGAGGCUUCGCCGUGUUUCAACGGUACAACGAAUGGUGUUGCACAAAGUGGCGUCCUUGACAACCAUACAAUGAAAGUGAAAAGUUUUUCCCAGCAGUCUUCGGUAGAGGUGAGGAACUCUCGUGAUGCAUGUUUAUCCCGGCCAUCUCUUCCAGUCCCACGGUCAUCGUUACCAUCAUCGUCGUCAUCGUCACGGUCAUCGAAUCAAGAAGCAAACAACGGCCGCAGUACGAGCAGCGGUGAUAACGCACACCGCCAUCAGAUUGUGACCCCCAUGGCAAGCGUGGACGAAGACGGCUAUCAGAUCCCACACCUAGUCAGAAUCUACGACAGACCGGAUCAGAACCAGGAAGAGCAUGACCCAGUCUACCACAGUCUCAAAUUUCACAAGGAAAGCUCUUAA